AUGGUGUUUAGACUGGGCCUUAAAGGACCAGCAGGAUUUCAGUGUCCUGACUCCAGGCUUUGUACUCUAUCCGCUGCACCACCUAGCUUCCUUAGCCAGGCUCUAGGGAGAAGCUUUCGAAUCACCAGAUACGAUGGCUGUGGCAUGGUGAUCCCUGAGUGUCUGGAGACUUGAUAGAUUUUGGACUUGGAUAGUGCAAGUAGCAGAGAUUGCUAUGCCCCCAGCCAGCUGGUUGGUGAGAAGGGACACGUCACUGGAAUAGACACGACAGUUUCAGGUGAGGGAGAAGUGGCCAAGAAGUACCUUGAUUACCACAUGAAAAAGUUUGGUUUCCAGACUCCUGAUGUGAAUUUUAUUCAUGGCUACAUAGAAAAGCUGGGGGAGAUUGGAAUCGAAGAUGAGAGUUAGGACAUUGUCAUAUUGAAUUGUGUCAUUAAUCUUGUGCUAAAUAAACAAAAUGUUCUGCGGGAAGUAUAUGGAGUGCUGGAGCCUGGAGGGGAGCUGUACUUCACUGCUGUCUAUGCUAGCCUUAAAUUGCCUGCAGAAGUCAAGGUACAUAAAGUUUUAAGGGUUGUUUUAGGUGAAUGUUUAGGGGGAGCUCUAUUCUGGAAAGACCUCUUCACGUUGGCUGGAGAAACUGGGUUCUGUGCGCCACAACUGGUCAUUGCUAAACCAACCACCCUUGAGGACAAGGAACUGGAAGAAGUUAUUGGGCAGAUAGGUGGCGCAGUGGAUAGAACACCAGCCUGCCCUCUCUCGACAUUUGUUUCUGCCUCCUCCCUUUGGUUUUGGGGAAUAAUUGAAAGGGAUAAAGAAACAGAGGCUGUUUUGAAGAAUUUCAGGUUUUUUCUGGAGUUUCUGAUCAAACCACCAGGAGGGAAGGUGUCGCUCUCUGGGAGCUGUUGUGCUUUGGAAGCACGGGUUUGUCUGGUUUUCGGUCUCUUGCCUCCUGCGGACAGCCUGAAUGUGGGGUUUUUUUUCCUACCAGCAGGCCUGUCCCCAGGCUACCAAAGUAAAAUCAAUAAGAUUCAGUAUUCUUUGCGUUUGACCAGCCUGGCAGGUGUUAUCUUCGAGGCUGAUUGA